AUGUGGGUGACUCUGGCCAUUAUUGUUGUUUUAGUGUGUUUGAUAUGGGGUCUAACUGGGCGACCAAAUGGACUUCCACCAGGUCCUACAUGUUUUCCAAUCGUAGGGAAUGUCGGAAUCUUCAAACCAUCAGAAUCUGUGAAAGCUCACAGAAGACUGAGGAAGAUUCAUGGAGACAUCUAUACCAUAAUGAUCUUCCAUAAGCCCAUCAUAUUUGUACACGGAUUCUACAACAUACGAGAUGUAUUAGUUAAGCAUGGCGAUGUCUUCUCUGAGCGACCAAGAUCUCUUGCCACUGAUAUUGCAGAAGGAAAUGGUGUGUUGUGGUCAUCAGGUUCGUUAUGGAAGGAAAUGAGAACUUUCUCAUUGAUGACUUUGCGUAAGUUUGGAUUCGGGAGACGUUGCUUGGAAAACCAAAUCAUAGAUGAAGUAGACUGUUUGAUGGAGAAAUUGGAGAAAUAUGAAAACGAGGCUUUUGAUAUUCAAAGUUUACUAAACGCAUCCGUGGCAAACGUUAUUUGUUCACUUUUAUUCGGUAAAAGGUUUGAUUAUGAUGAGACAAGAUUUCAGCGUUUAAUUUAUCUAUUGUCAAGGUUCUUCCGCAGUAUCUCCUUAUCUUCACCAGUGUUUCUUUUUCCCUCUUUACGCCAUAUUAGAAUCUUUAACAUCGACUCAGUUAAAGAAAAUACGAAUGCUAUGACAGCAUUUUUUAACGAAAUGAUAGAGGAGCACAGAAGAAAUUUUGAUGAGAACAACAUCAACGAUUUCAUCGAUGCUUACCUUCUGGAACAAAAGCAAAGAGGAAAUGAAAUCAACACUAACUUCACAGAUGAAAAUCUGAACCAAACUUUAAAAGACUUCUUUGGCGCAGGAACUGAAACUACUUCCACAACAUUGAGAUGGGCGUUUCUGUUUUUAUUUCAUAAUCCACAUUGGCAGAAAAGACUUCAAAAAGAAAUUGAUGACGUCAUAGGUCAGGGACAACCCAAAAUGGAACACCGGGAUCUUUUGCCAUUUGUAGAUGCAUUCAUACUGGAAACUCAGCGACUAUCAAAUAUUUCUCCCCUAAAUGCUCCACAUGCAGGUAAAGAAGACACUAUGUUCAAAGGGUAUCUCUUUCCGAAAGGUACCACUGUGCUUUGUCUUUUGGAUUCCGUAUUGAUGGAUCCGGAAUUUUUUCCUGAACCUUCAAUGUUUAAACCGGAGCGGUUUUUAGACGAAAGCGGGAGUUGUCAUGGACAGCUUAAAGACAAGCUGGUCCCCUUUUCGUUAGGGCCCAGAGUGUGUCUAGGAGAGGCACUCGCCAAAAUGGAGUUAUUCCUUUUUUUCACCAGAUUUUUACAGAAGUUUGUGAUAAAACCAGAGGAUCCCGAGUGUUUGCCUUCUCUGGAGGGAAACCUUGGGGUUACUAACGCGCCACAAGAUUUUAGAAUGAGACUUGUAAAACGUUAAGCUGCAGUAGACUGAGCAUUAUUGAUAGUUCUGUGUCACAAUGACUGAACUGUAUCAGGAGGUAAUGAAAAAGAUUUUUUUUUUCAUUUCUUAAUAGUUAAUUGAUUUUAUAUUUUAUAAAAAUUCUAUUAAUUGAUACAAAUUUUGAACGUUUUUUUUCCGUUGAUUUAUAAUCAUGGAUUUGUUCCUCACGGCUGUUUCCUUUGGAGUGGAAAGGAAUCGUCUGUGGGUUCCGUAACCCUCCGUUCUUAGUGAUUAUACCUCGUAAAAUAAUAACUUUUCAGGGAUUUCUUUUUCAAAUUAGCAAAUUGUGACUAACAAUUGUAGACCAAAGAUGUGAACAUAUACAUGCUAUACACUGUAAUUUAUAUUACACUUUUUAUAUAAUGUACUCUGUUUUAUAUACUAAAAUUUUCUCAGUAUAUUUAGAAUGAUU